AGGGAGGAGGAUCUGAGGCAUCUGAAGCAGCGGCAGGCGGAAGGAGCAGUCGAGGCUGAGCUCCAGGGAUUUGAUCUAUGCUUUGGAUGAGGAUGAUGAUGAUGGGGCCGAUGAGGUGAACUCUUCGAUCCUAGGGUUUGAUCUUACGCCGUUGUAUCGAGCUUAUCACAUCCAUCAGACGUUAGGGUUGAAGGAGAGGUUCAAGAAGUACUAUUUUGAGAACAGGAAGCUGCAGCUGACCUCAGACUUCCAGGUGUCGUCCAUGACUCCGUUUCUCGAGUCGCAUCAGACUUUCUUUGCUCAGAUCGCAGGGUUUUUCAUCGUGGAGGAUCGAAUUUUGAGAACUGGAGGGGGAUUGGUGACUAGGGCAGAUGUGGAGUCUCUCUGGGAGACUGCGGUGGCCAAAAUGGUGUCGGUUCUUGAGGAUCAGUUCUCGAGAAUGAUGACUGCGAGCCAUUUGUUGUUGAUCAAGGAUUAUGUGUCUCUUUUGGGAGUGACAUUGAGGAGAUAUGGAUAUGCAGUAGAUCCAUUGCUUGAUGUGCUGAGCAAACAUCGGGAUAAGUAUCACGAUUUGUUGCUUAACGAUUGUAGGAAGCAGAUCUCGGAAGCUUUGGCUGCUGAUAAGUUUGAGCAGAUGUUGAUGAAGAAGGAGUAUGAGUAUUCGAUGAAUGUGCUCUCGUUUCAGAUACAGACUUCUGAUAUUGUUCCGGCGUUUCCUUUUGUUGCGCCAUUCUCAUCUACGGUUCCGGAUUGUUGUCGGAUCGUGAGGUCGUUCAUUGAAGAUUCGGUUAGUUUCAUGUCGUAUGGAGGGCAGCUUGAUUUCUAUGCUGUUGUUAAGAAAUAUCUUGAUAGGUUGCUCGUUGAGGCGCUUGAUAGUUCUCUUGUGCGACUUGUCAAGUCACAGUCCCUUGGUGUUUCCCAGGCAAUGCAGGUUGCAGCCAACAUGGUAGUCUUCGAGAGAGCUUGCGACUUCUUCUUCCGCCAUGCUGCCCAACUUUCUGGAAUCCCACUUCGAAUAGCUGAGAGGAGUCGUAGAGACUUCCCACUAAAAAAAUCUCGUGACGCCGUUGAAGAACUACUAAUAAGCUUGCUAAGAAACAAGAUCGAUGAUUUCAUGCUACUAACCGACUCCAUCAACUGGAUGGCCGACGACCCACCUCAGAGUGGCAACGAGUACUCCAACGAGGUUCUUAUAUACCUCGAAACCCUAGUUUCCACCGCUCAGCAAAUACUCCCAGUCCAAGUCCUCGUACGCAUUGUUCGUGGCAUUCUCUCUCACAUAUCAGAUAAAAUUGUCGGCAUGUUUCUCAGUGAUUCCUUAAAGAGGUUCAAUGGCAACGCAGUAAUAGGAAUUGAUACCGAUCUCAAGCUGUUUGAAUCUUUUGCCGAAGACCAAUCUCAGAUAUUUGGCGAACCAGAUGAUAGUGAGCUAAAGAUGGCAUUGAUAGAGGCGAGGCAAUUGGUUAAUUUGCUGAUGAGCAAUCACCCAGAGAAUUUCUUGAAUCCAGUUAUUAGAGAGAGGAGUUAUAACAAGCUUGAUUACAAGAAGGUAGUGUCUAUAUCCGAGAAGUUUAGGGAUUCAUCGGAUCGACUGUUUGGGACUUUUGGUACGAGGGGAGCAAAGCCGAAUCCGAAGAAGAAAUCUUUGGAUGCUUUGAUAAAAAGGCUUAAAGAUGUGAGUUGAAUCUUUUGUAGCGUUCAUCUUCUUUUAAUUAAUGUGUGUAUGUUGUUUAUUUAUUGUGAUUAACUAACUCCCGGUUGUUAUAUUUGAUAUCGUUAUUUUCUGGAUAGUUUUAGUUGGGUGAUGGUAAUUUUUGACUUCAGGCAGCUUCUCUGCUUGUAUUAGAUUUGU